AUGCAGUCGAUGGUACCGCUCGCCUGCUUCCUCUCCAUCAUACGUCCCCCGGGCGUGCAGUACGAGAACGCUUUGCUGCAGAUCGCGCCGGUGGACAAGGCCAAGUGCCCCUUCGUCAAGCGUCAAGCCGACAUCACCUUCCAGCUCUUCACCAGACACAACCCGACGGCAUACCAGGAGUUGUCGCCGGGAGACGACGAGCGUCUGUUCGCGUCCAACCUGGACUGGGGCGCGCGCACGCUGCUCUACUUCCACGCCUUCAUGGAGCAGCCCGACGACGGCAGCGGCAUCAUGGUGCGGGAAGCGCUGAUGCAGCGCGGCGACACGAACGUGAUAAUGGUGGAGGCGUCGCGUUUGGAGGCGGGCCCCUGGUACUUCACGGCGGCGCAGAACACCUGGUACAUCGGCCAGUACGCCGCCGCAUUCAUCGACUACCUUGUCUCCAGAGGUCUGCAGCUGAACAACACAGUGCUGGUGGGACACAGCCUCGGCGCGCAGGCGGCCGGCGUCGCGGGCAGCGCGAUCACGUCAGGUCGCGUGUCUCGCAUCACGGGUCUGGACCCGGCGCUGCCGCUGUUCUCGGGGCUGCCGCUCGCGCAGCGCCUCGACCCCGGCGACGCGGACUUCGUCGACGUCAUACACACCGACGCCGGCAUCUUCGGUUACAAGGAGCCGAUAGGUCACGCGGACUUCUUCCCGAACGGCGGCAAGAGUCCGCAGCCGGGCUGCGAGCUCGAGGUCGUGCUGCCGCAGCAGCUGCUGCUUAACAAGUGUGACGGCACUGAGCGCACGCGAGGCUUCUACUCGUACUACCUGACAUCGAGCCCACUGCCUCAACACAGCGAACAUACCACCGAUCACCAGAUUCAACCGAUUCAAACCAGUACCAAGCAAACAGAGCUAGAUGCACCCACUGACAGCAAUCUCCGUAAGAAACGCGUCAAACGAAACACUACAGACACGCACUUAGAUAAAAGACAUGAUACAGAACUUGUAAAGAACGAUACGAGAAAUGACACAGACAUCGAAAGACGCACAACUUUGAACGAUACUGUUUCAGACAAACAUUCAAAUACCGAACAAAAAGCAAAACAAAAGAAGACACCCACACAAGCAAAGAAAUCAAUAAUAUCGCAAGACAACACACACGCGAAGAAGCGACAGAAGCGCUUCCUUCAACUGUUCCGCUCCGACGAUAACAAAGACGAGAGCUUCAUCUUCCGCGCGCUGAACUUCCUCGUGAAGAACCGCAAGAGCGUGGUGCCGCUAGUGAGCGUGGCGCGUGACGUCAGCACGCUCGUGCGGAGUGGCCGCGGCGAGCUGAGCCACUCCACCAGGGAAGAGAACAACUAUGUGGGCUUCAUUCCAUCCGAGUUGCCGCCCAUCUCCUACACGCUCGAGCUCGGCAACGAGAACAGGGCGAUGGCGUUUAUAAAGAGACUGCUCGGGUUGAGUCCUAAAGGGGACAGACUCACUAUCGGCAGCGGGUGA